AUGGCGCAGGCUCAGACUACUGAAUCAGAGGCUUCAUUUCAAUUGCGAGAACUUUUGUCCAAUAAUGAUGUUGAGCUCAAAAGUCGUGUUUUAGGGACGGGAUCCUACUCGAAGGUACUGGUUGCCUAUUCAAACAAACUCGACCGUACCGUAGCCGUGAAGAAGAUCGACCGUCGCCAAAAGAAUGAAUACAUUCGUCGUUUCUUGCCUCGAGAAAUGAAAAUCGUUACUCAGCUCAACCAUCCGAAUGUGGUUAAGGUGUUCGAGGUAAGUGUACUGUAAGUUUUUAUUUUUUUGAUUUAAACAGGUGAAAAAAACUAUUUUUGUAAUAUUACCCUUUAAAAUGCGGUUCUUGGGGUAAAAGAGUGGUAAGGUACGGAAAUUCUUGUCACUUAUAUACAAGACUGUACCACUUCUUAAAGGAGUAAUGAGGCACAUAUUCAAGGUGAUCAAGACAAAGGAGUACAUUUGUAUGGUGGAGGAGUUUGCAGGAAACGGUGAUCUGCUUCGGUUGAUCAAGUCCAAGAAGAGGAUCGACGAACUUGAAGGUCGUCUUCUGUUUCGUCAAUUCGUUGAAGGCCUGAAGUACUUGGAGUCGUUGCACAUCUUGCACCGUGACCUGAAGUGCGAGAAUCUGUUCCUCGAUGAAUACAACAACCUCAAGAUCGGAGACUUUGGUUUUGCGCGGUUCAUGGAGUAGGUUUUGUCUGCGAUGUGUCUUUUUUUGUAGUAUAUCUGGUUAUUUACAAAAACGAUAUUGUUUUAACUUUUGUUAUCGGCGAUUCGACUACAACCGUGUGUUUAGGGAUGGAGAAGUUUCCCACACCUACUGUGGCUCUAAAGCCUACGUGGCUCUCGAGAUAAUGCAAUCUAUUGAGUAUUCCAACAACGCCGUUGACAUCUGGAGUGCUGGAGUCGUACUGUACGUGAUGCUGACAGGGAUCAUGCCUUUCGACGAUCGAAAACCCAAAGAAAUGAUGGCGCUACAGAGAGAGCACAGAAUCCGCUUCCCGCACGCUUGUCCGUCCGAUGCCGCUAGAAAACUGAUCUACCGAAUGCUUCAUCCAGACCCACGGAAGAGGGUGAAUCUGACUCAGAUCGUGGCAUCUGAAUGGCUCUGCUCCACUCCGUAGGCUAACUUGUUUUUUUAUAUCAAGCUGCAUAUUUCAUAAUGUAUUUUAAAGGGAUACAUAUAGAUGACAUGUUGUUGUUUUAGAUACAUGAUGCGAGGACCACUCAGCGCCGAUGACACGACCUGUACCACUGCUUCGAACAUUAGCCAAGACGAACUGAACAAGUACAACAACAACAACGAGGACUAA